AUGACCGUUUCAGAAACACACCCUCGCAAGAGGGUAUCAGAAGAUAAUACCAUUACAAACAAGAGACACAAAAUAUCAGCAACUCAUCAGGAGACUGAAUGCCCUACAGAAGACGUGAAGUUAAUUAUGCCAAAGCCAGUAACCACCAGCCCAGCGUUGUUCCCAGAUCGUAAGAAGCACAUACAGACGAUAGCAAAUAUAAUCAAGCGAAAACAGCCGUCAGUUAAAACGCCGAAUCUAAGGGCAACCGAGAUUGAGUAUGAGAUUGCCAGGAGCACAACACAUGUUACAUACGCUUCAACUUUGAGAAAUGCAAUUUUGAAGCUUCAACACCCGGAAAAGUUCCAGCUGAGGAACCAAGUAAAGAAACACUCUCAAGAGAAUCAGUUGAAACUAUUGAAAUCUAUAGAGGUUUCGGUGGCGAAGUUGAGACAGUACGGAUUUGUGAUGUCGGUACCCGAAGCAACUCCAUAUGCCAAAAUUACGAGAAAUUGUCAACGUUGCGAUACUGAGUUCAAAUUAAGUCAACAGUUGGAAUCUACGUCUUGUGAAUUUCAUUACGGCAGGGUACGACGCAACCCGGACAACAAAACACGAUACUACGAUUGUUGUUUAGCACCAAAAGAUGAUAGUAAACCGUGUGAUAUUCGUAAGCAUCAUGUUUAUCAAAAUCUAAGUCCAGAAGAAAAACAAAGUAUUUGUCCUUAUGUGAAAACUGAGGACAUAUUUGAUCAAAAGGGGAAGUAUUCAGUUUUAGGUAUUGAUUGUGAAAUGGGAUAUACUACGCGAGGCUUUGAAUUGAUGAGAGUUACAGCUGUUGAUUAUUUCACUUUAAAGACAGUCAUGGACACUUAUGUUCUUCCAUUUGGGGAAGUGGUUGAUUUCAACACGCGAUUUUCAGGGAUUUCGGCGAUUGAUGAGAAGUUCGUAAGUUUUAACCAAAUGAUUCAAGAGUUGGGUAUUGUUAUGGAUAAAGAUACGAUUCUUAUUGGACAUGGAUUAGAAAACGAUAUGAAUGCAUUGCGGUUGAUUCAUAGUCAUAUUAUCGAUACAUCUAUACUAUAUCCAAAGUUUGAGAGUACUCCUACUUCGAGAAAAAGUUUGAAAGAUUUGACGUUCAAGUAUUUGAGUAGAAACAUACAAGUAGGUGAUCACGAUAGUGCAGAGGAUUCAAUAGCUGCCAUUGAGAUUGUCAAGUAUCACGUUGGUAGAAUGGAUGUUCAAAAUACUUAA